GUCUGGCAGGCUGGCGUAAAUUGACGCUUAUUUAGUGAUAUAAGUAAAGUGCGCGCGAAAACACAGAUUUCCAAGGCAAAGGAAACAAAGAAGAAGAGUUUUAAUUAUUCAAGAACGGGCAAGUAAACGGCAGGAAAUAAUGAAUUUGACUUUAGCAGACGCAGCGGAAAAUUGCGAAAAAUAGAAGUGAAUGGAAUUAAAUGAUAUUGAAUGAGCAAACAACUUUGUAACAACUAACAAGCAAACAACGGCGCGCGCAAAAAAAAAAACGCAAAAGCUAAUUAAGUCAAACAAUCAAAUCAGCAGCGCAGACAUUUCGCAGACAUUAAACUAAUCAAGUACGCGCGCGCGCGCCCCUGUUCUACCUACCCCUUUAGACUCGCGCGCUACCCACACAUCUUUCCCGGUUGUUCCUGUGCCGCACUUCGCGUCAACACGCGCCACGAGUAGAAUGUGCAAAACGCCAAGCUCGCGUCUGCUGCUGCGUCUCAUCGUAGAUGUCGUGAUUUUAAUUGCGCUCUGUUGCGUUGCGCUAAUUGCGCUCCCGAAACUCUUGGCGACCACUCGACGUGGCUUCUUUUGCAGCGACGCGUCAUUACGUUACCCUUACACCGCUUCGCUACUAAAUCGCGUACACAUCACCAUAGUGGUGAUCGCGCUCCCCGCCGCCAUCAUGCUGGUGGUAGAGAUGUUGUGGGCGGCAGUGCGCGCCGCGCGUAAGCAAAAAUCCGCAAGUAGCGCUGCGGGCAACACCGUAGUGAGUAAGCGCGCCGUUGGCGCUCAGCAGUUUGUUUUCGUUGGCAUUAGCGUGCCAACCUUCGUCAGUGAGUGCUACAAAAUUGUGGGCGUCUACUUCUUCGGCUUGGCGCUUGUAUUGAUAGCGGUGAACGCCACCAAACACUUUGUCGGCCGCUUGCGUCCAUACUUCUUCGAUGUAUGUCAGCCGCAACUGCUAGAGACGCUUGGCGGUGGCACAGCCUGUGAUCGCUACGCGGAGGAGGCACAAAAUAUCACCGGCUAUAUUGAGGACUACGAAUGCUACGAGCUGGCCGCCUCUGCUAACUUGCUCACCAUGGCGCGGCAUUCGUUUCCCAGUGGAUUCACUGCCACCGUUUGCUAUGCUAUGUGCUUUGUGAUCUUCUAUCUACAGGCGCGCCUCGCUGCAGGUGCUUUGUUGAUAUAUAAGACGUUGCUGCAGUUUGGUUGUCUAAUUUUGGCCACACUGGUUGGCAUAGAGCGGUUCUAUACGCAUCAUAAUCACUGGACGGAUAUUGCGGCGGGCGCAGCUUUGGGACUAAUAAUUGCUGCGUUUGUGACGACUUCUGUGGCCAAAUUGUUCAAGAGAAUACCGCUGAAAAGGCGCAAGCCGCGUGAGGAUUCUACGACCAUUUACGGCUAUUAUGGAGUCAAUCGAGUGGCUAGAUAUCAUUGA